AUGCCUCCUUCAAACGAUCAUUCCCAGCUGGCAGACUCCGCCGCAAUCCCGGUCAUCGAUCUUUCCUCAUUGCGAAGCUCGCGUCUGGACGAGCGUCAAGAGCUUGCCCAGAGAAUAUACGAUGCGUGCACUCAGGUUGGGUUCUUUUAUAUUAAGAACCACGGAAUCCCCGAUGCACUGAUCCAUGAAUUGCACAAUGCAGCCGCCCAGUUUUUCAGUCUCCCUGAGGAAGUAAAAAUGAAAUACUACAUUGGAAACUCACAAAAAUUCCGUGGCUACAGCCCCAUCGGAGGCGAAACAUCCACCGGCACCGAAGACGACCCCAUCUCCCGAGAAGAAGCCGGUAUCAUGCUCUCCGAGGCAUUCGACAUUGGCUACGAAAUCGCCAUGGACUCUACCAAAGGGCCCGGUGCCAGUCUCCCGCCAGAUACAUAUGGUCUCUAUGGCGACAACCAAUGGCCAGAUGAACAGACUCUGCCCGGCUUUACACAAAAGUAUGUAGAGUAUUGCGUCGCGGCGCUGGAUCUGUGUCGUCAGAUGAUGGGAGUUUUUGCACUCGCUUUGGGAUUGCAGGAGAAUCAUUUCGAUUCAAGUAUGCGGACACCGGGCGUGACCUCGCGGAUGAUGCAUUAUCCGGCGCAGCCGGUGCCUGGGCAAGUACAGGAAGGGUUGGGGGCACACACGGACUGGGAAUGCUUUACAAUUCUCUCCCAAAGCCAUGUCCCUGGAUUGGAAAUCCUCAACCACCACGGGGAGUGGGUUCUUGCGCCUCCAAUCGAAGGAACCUUGGUGGUCAACAUUGCAGAUUGUCUGUCCACUUGGACAAACAAGAAGUUCAAAUCGACGAUCCACCGAGUGAACAAUCUCUCCGGAGAGGAAAGAUACUCGAUCCCAUUCUUCUUUGGAGUUGACUAUGACGCCACGAUUGCCGUGCUGGAGAGGUACACGACUAGCGACAAUCCACCGUGUAGAACUCCCUUCAAGGCGGGCGAGUGGGUUCGCGAGAAAUUGUCGAAAGCUUAUCUUGGGUAUGAAGGCUAA